AUGGAGGGGGCAAAGAAAGAUGCCCCCCCGGGGGAAAAUGGAGGCAAAACGGACACCCUCGGGUCAACUGGCUCGGCCAGGAAAAGAGGAGGGGGGGCCAAGAAGGCGAUGCAGGCAAACAAGUCUGCCCUCAGAGCCCCCCGAGCCCUCUGCUGCCUCACCCUCAGCAACCCCAUCCGCAUGGCAGCCCUGGCACUGGUGGAGUGGAAAUAUCCUUUGUCUCAGACGCCCUUUGAUAUUUUCAUUCUACUCGCCAUUUUUGCCAACUGUGUGGCCAUGGGCGUGACCAAGCCAUACCCAGAUGACGACUCCAACGCCACCAAUCACCAACUGGAACAAGUGGAGUACGUCUUCCUCGUCAUCUUCACCAUCGAGACCUUCACUAAAAUUCUUGCCUACGGCUUAGUCAUGCACCCCAGCGCCUACAUACGCAGCGGAUGGAACUUGCUUGAUUUCGUUAUCGUCGUUGUCGGGUUGUUCAGUGUGAUAGCAGAGGCCAUGACGGAUCAUAAGCCAGGAGAGGCCCAUCACGCUGCAGGAAAACCUGGAGGCCUGGAUGUGAAAGCGCUCAGAGCGUUCAGGGUGUUGCGACCGCUCCGACUCGUGUCAGGAGUGCCAAGUUUACAGAUUGUGUUGAACUCCAUCAUGAAAGCCAUGGUCCCCCUUCUCCACAUCGGUAUGUUGGUCAUGUUCGUCAUCAUCAUCUACGCCAUCAUCGGCUUGGAGCUCUUCAUCGGCCGGAUGCACAAGACGUGUUACUCCAUCGGCUCAGGCCUCAUGUUGGAGGACGACCCGUCACCCUGUGCGUUCGCUGGGAGCGGACGCUUUUGUGUCACCAAUGGGACCGAGUGCAGGGGCAAGUGGGAGGGUCCCAACGGCGGGAUCACAAACUUCGACAAUAUCUUCUUUGCCAUUCUGACAGUUUUCCAGUGCAUCACUAUGGAGGGCUGGACAGAUGUGCUCUACUGGAUGAAUGACGCCAUUGGUUUUGAGAUUCCAUGGAUCUAUUUUGUUUCUCUCGUCAUCUUUGGAUCCUUUUUCAUCAUCAAUCUUGUGUUGGGUGUGUUGAGCGGAGAGUUCUCCAAAGAAAGAGAAAAGGCGGUGGCGCGUGGCGAGCUGCAGAAGGCGCAGGAGAGCAAACAGUUGGAGGAGGACAUGAUCGGCUACAUGGACUGGCUCAUAGAGGCCGAGGAUGUGGACGAGGAAGGAAACAAACGUGCUGCCAUCGCAAAGAAAAAGAUGAUGAAGAAGUUUGGCUGGUACAAACACAGUGAGGACGGUGGAGAGUCCGACUCUGAUGAUGAUAUCGCGUACCUCGACGAUGACAGCGGCUUCUGUGCUUCUCUCAUGGCGAAGAUGAUGGCCAACAGCUUCUGUGACCAGUUGUGCCAGCUGAAUCACACCAUGAGGAAGAAUUGCCGAGUGGCUGUUAAGACCACAAACUUCUACUGGCUGGUGCUCCUGCUGGUGUUUCUCAACACAGUGGCCAGUGCCUCCGAGCAUUACGGACAACCGAAGUGGCUCACGGAAAUGCAAGAGCGAGCCAACAAGAUCCUGCUGCUGCUCUUCACUCUGGAGAUGUUGAUGAAGAUGUACGCCUUCGGCCUGCAGAUCUAUUUCAUGGCGCUGUUCAACCGCUUCGAUUGCUUCGUGGUGUGCGGCGGCAUCCUGGAGACGCUGCUCGUCGAGUUCGAGGCUAUCCCACCCAUCGGCAUCUCUGUGCUGCGCUGCAUCCGUCUGCUCAGGAUAUUUAAGAUGACACGGCACUGGGCUGCUCUGUCUGACCUCGUCAACUCACUGCUCAACUCCAUGAAAGCUAUCUGCUCCCUUCUCCUGCUGCUCUUCCUCUUCCUCAUCAUCUUCGCUCUGCUCGGCAUGCAGCUGUUCGGAGGCAAAUUCAACUUUGACGAGAUGCAGAUGAAGAGAAGUACAUUCGACUCCUUCCCUCAGGCUCUGCUCACUUGUUUCCAGAUACUCACAGGAGAGGACUGGAAUGCUGUGAUGUACGACGGCAUCAUGGCCUACGGUGGUCCUAUCUUCCCCAACAUGGUGGUGUGCAUGUACUUUGUCAUCCUCUUUGUCUGUGGUAACUACAUCCUGCUGAAUGUCUUCUUGGCUAUCGCUGUGGACAACUUGGCUGGAGGUGGAGGAAAGAAAAACGUGGAGGAGAAAAAGGAAGAUGAAGAAGAGUGGGAUGAUGAUGAAGAGAAAGAAGAUGAAGAUGCAGGGAAUGAGGAGGACGACUGGCAGGAGAACGAGGAGCUGAGAGCCAUCGAGGGACUGGAGGGCGUUGCUCCUCUAAAGGCAGAGUUCUCAGGGCCUAAAGAGAAGAUCGUACCAAUUCCUGACGGGAGCUCCUUCUUCAUCCUUGGGAAGAAAAACUGUUUGCGAGUCGCCUGCCACAACCUCAUCCAUCAUCCCUACUUCACCAACUUCAUCCUCAUCUUCAUCAUCUUCAGCAGUAUUUCCCUGGCUGCUGAGGAUCCAAUCAAAUCCCACUCAUUCAGAAACAUAGUGCUCGGUUAUGCCGAUUAUGUGUUCACAUCAGUUUUCACAGUGGAGAUCGUCCUGAAGAUGACGGUCUACGGAGCUUUUCUGCACAGCGGGUCGUUCUGUAGAAAUGCCUUCAAUCUCCUGGACCUACUGGUCGUCAGCGUGUCCCUCAUGUCCUUCUUUCUGCAUUCAAGCGCGAUCUCUGUGGUGAAGAUUCUUCGAGUGUUGCGUGUGCUCAGGCCUCUUCGAGCCAUCAACAGAGCCAAGGGGCUAAAGAAUGUGGUGCAGUGUGUGUUUGUGGCGAUCCGCACCAUCGGUAACAUCUUGAUUGUCACGACCCUGCUUCAGUUCAUGUUUGCAUGUAUCGGAGUGCAGCUCUUCAAGGGCAGAUUCUACAGCUGCACAGAUGAAGCCAAACACACUCCAGACGAGUGCAAGGGAACGUUUGUUGUCUAUAAAGACGGGGACAUGAACCACCCCAUGGUGAGAGAGAGGAUUUGGGAAAACAGCGAGUUCAACUUUGACAACGUGCUGAUGGGCAUGCUGGCUUUAUUCACCGUGUCCACAUUCGAAGGCUGGCCUCAGUGA